UUCGUGAAAUGGACUUGGACAUUUGCAAUAUGCUGACGUCACCAGAAGGUCUGCAGGAUUGGUUCACGGAGUUCGAUGGUUGGGUAUGCAGGUUCAAUGCCAGCUUCAGGUUGUCAAGGUCGCUUCCAAGACUUCAUGAAAACGCCGAUCAAGCUCAAAAAUGCCAAAACUGUGCCAAGGAACAGAAUACUGAAAAUAAACAUGAAAUGCAGCCAAGUUCUGAAAACAUAAUCGUGAAAACACAGCCAAGUACUGAAAAUCCAACAUUCCACGAAUUAAUUGUAAAUGGACUUCUAAUUGCACAGAAAAGGAAAGAUAAGAUAAAAAAUAAGACAGAUUUUUUGAAUAUUUUCAAAGGGAAUGAUGAUUUUACGCACUACGAUUACGUAUUGCUGUCAAAUGUGAAGGAAAAUGGGAGGAAACAUUUUUAUAAAUAUAUAUUACGGUCUAAGAUUUGAUUAUUUUGU